AUGCAGAAGUGCUGCUCAAUGCUCCUCAAUCUCAUGGCGAUCGCGCGUAGCGAAAAUCGCGCGGGUCGUUCUCAGCGUUCAGAUCUCUACAUAGAGCAAGCCAUGGAAGUUCUAUCAUUCGGAGUUGAGGCAAAUGUAACCAGAAGAAAAGAAAGAUUUCUGAGGUGGGUUCUACCACGUCUUACAUCUCAAUUUAAGUCAUUAACUAAACCAAUGGUUCACAAUUUCCAUCGUUUCCUUGGUGGAAGAACCAGUUCAGCGGACCUUCCUCGGAAUGAAGUCUGCCCUGCGCUCAUGGGACCGAAACUCACAACAGAGAUCGUGGAAAAGUCUCAGUGCAGGAAGCUCACCGAAGCGCUGGUGAAGGAGGCAAAAGCCAAAAGAACGCAUGGCAGUGGCAAGAAAAUGAAGACAUACACGCCGAAAAGGGAAAGGUCAGUUUAUGAACAUAUCAUUAGGGCCGAGAAACAGCUCGCUCCCUACGAGGAGUCCGAAGCCGGGCAGGGCUAUAGGUUAGAGUUCUCUGACCAAAUCCCCCAAUGCUCCUUGCAAUCCUGCACAACGGACUCCGAAUCUGACCUUCUCAGCGUCGCAGUUCAGGAAAUGCUAGACAAAAAUGCCAUUGAAGAGAUUCCCUGGUCCUCAGAAGUUUGGACCUCAAAAAUUUUCGUCAUUCCAAAAAAAGACGGUGGAAACAGAACCAUAAUAAACUUGAAGCCACUCAAUAGUUCAAAGCGCUACCCUUCGGGCCUAUCCUCAGCACCUUACGUUUUCACCAGGCUAAUGAGGGCUAUUGCUUCUGAACUCAGAAGUCGGGGGAUCAGACUGAUUGUUUACCUAGGUGACUGGAUUGAUAAUAGACAAAAACAAAAAAUCUCUUUCACUGAAGAUCAAACAAACUACAAUGUUACUCAAAAUCUAGGUUUAACCAUAAACGAGAAAAAAUCACAGCUUGAACCUUCACAAGUAGAUGGAAUUUCUCGGGAUGACUAUCAAUUCAUCAAGUUUUGA